AUGGAAACAGUGACAUUCACUUCUGCAUCAUCUGAAAGCUUUCCAAAACGCAUCAGAUCAGCAUCUGCCCGCUUAUUUUCUCUCAAUCACAACAAUAGCAACAGCAAUAGCAAACGUAUUUCAUUCAUGUCAAAUUCCGAAAGCACGACAAACAUAUUAAGUCCAACAAAAUGGUUUCCACGCAUGCGAUGUCGCUCAGCUUCAUCUGCUGCCUCAUCAACGAGCUCUGUCGUAUUUUCAUCUUCAUCCACAACUACAGCAUCACAUCAUACCAUCCUAGAUCAUUUAUUCCACAACCAUCACCACAACCACCACCACCACCACCAACGUCAUUCUGCCACAGCAAUGGAUCAACAUAUUGAUCAUGUAAACAAUAGUUUAAUAUCACUUGAAACAGUAUCUUCCGAGCUGGAAGAUUUGUACAGAGAUGCGCGUGAGGAGAUUGAAUAUGCUAUUGAAUCGCAAGGAUCUAUUUAUUACGAAGGAGAUAAAGCGACCGCUCAUGCAGCUUUUGAGCUAUGUGAGACAAAGUAUGAUACAGUGAUGCAGCAAUUUGGUGACACUACCAACGCUAUCAAGUUUAGAUUUCGCUGGGAGACGGAUCUCCAUCAACUCCGUUCCAUGUUGAGCAACCUUCCACCUAUUACUCAGUCCAUUUAUGAGUGA